GGAGCUUUUGCAUAAAACACUUAGCAGCCUCAGCAACAAGAAUAUAACUACAAAGAUUUCUGCUUUUGGCAUGGUAAAACAUGGCACUGAACAGCAAAGGUGAUGAGAUCUGGCAGGGUGGAAGCUUUGCGGGCUAAUACAGCGGGCUGCCAAAAAUACAGCCAGAAAUGAAAUGCUGAUUUCCUCUCAGAUCCAGAUGUGAUGAGACAACAUGGAGUUCAAAAGAGGAAAAACCUUUAUAAAAUCCAGCAUGCAGCUGACCCAUGAGAAAUUACCUUUAGUGAGCUUGAGUCCUGGGGAAAAGGGCAAUGUAGGAAUAGACAUAAGAGAAAGGAGCCACCCUGCAGUUGAAAUCCAAAAAGCAAGUUUUCCUGCUGAUAGAAGCGAUAGCAUUUCCAACAGCUCAAUCAAGACUGGAUCUAGUGAGAGCAUCCUGUUGCUCCCAGAUUCCUUCUACAAACCAGUAAGGAAAAGUAAAACCCAUGACUGUGUUCUGGGAGGUGUGGACAAAACUGAACACAGCAGCUACAAUAACAAGAUCUCAGAGGAAGGCAUGGCAGCUCCUGGGAGAAGUAAAGGGCGUAUGAUCAACAGCGCCAGCUUUUCUGGAAUUGGGAACACACAGAAUUCUAGCAGCAAGAAAGAAUCGGUGGGCAGCUCGAGCCACUUCUUGAACAGCCCACAGCAGAUGAUUGAUUACCGAAACUUUGUGCCACAGGUGCCCUUUGUGCCAGCGGUUGCAAAAAGUAUCCCAAGGAAGAGGAUUUCCCUGAAGCGAUCCAAAAAAGGCCUCCGGGAUAUAUUUCACAUGAAAAAAACCAAGCCGGAGAGUCUUUCCUUGCUGUCAGAGAAACAAAAAAGGCUGCCAUUUCCAGGCUGCAAGUCAGAGUUGGCAGGCAGGUUCGGCAAGUAUUUCUUCAAAGCCGGAGAAACGUUUUCUGCUGACUGUUUGGCACAAGAAUGUUCUGAUGGCGAGCUGCUGUCAGAGUCCUCCUAUGAGUACCCCAGUGCUCUGUGCGAAGAUGUUGCUUCCCUGAAGAGCUUUGAUUCUCUUACUGGGUGCGGAGAGAUCUUCGCAGACGAGAGCUCAGCUAAUAUGGAACUGGAGGUUAGCAAAGAAAUCUUGCUCAGGCAAUCGCAAAAGAAAGAUAGUCCUGCUAUGGGAUCCUUUCAAGGUGGAGUGGAACAGCUUGCAUCCCCAGCCCAGAAUGAAGCAGCAGACUUUGCAAAACUCUGGGACAACAUCAACAAGUCAGUGCAGCUGCAUCAGAAGACCCUGUUUGAUAGGAGGCUUCUGAAAAUACCCAGUAGUGAACUGGGAAAGUCUAGAAAUGAGACCAGUGCCUCAGUGACUGAUCUGCUUUCUUCCCCCGACUCUUCCAAAGAGAGUUCCAUAGAUACAGGGACCCCAAAGAGUGACAACCAGGAAUCGAUGUCAACCAGUGAUGAAGGAUACUAUGAUUCAUUUUCUCCUGGGCAAGAUGAUGAAAUAAGGGAGGAUCAGUCCCCUGGGGUACCAGGUAGGUUUCCAAGAGACAGUUAUAGUGGCGAUGCCCUUUAUGAACUAUUUUAUGAUCCCAAUGAGGCUCAGAUCAGCCCAGUUCUAGAUGAUGACCUAUGCAUGUCUGAAAGCACCUCAGAAAAGGCAAUUGAAAUCCCUUUAUCAAUUUACAGCUUUCAUGUAGGGUCAGAAGAAAAUAUGGCUUCUCAACCAGCCAUUGACAUAAUCAGCCAAGGAUUCCUUCACAGCACAUGGAAAGGGAAAGAAUGCUUGCUUAAGCUCUGUGAUACAGAGCUCUCCCUGACCAUGGGGAUCAUCAACUGGCUGAGAAAAAACCCAGGCUUGAUUUCCCCCCAAGACUUUCCCAAGAACCCUCCACCACAGAUGGAGAGAGAUGGUGAGCCGGUGCCCACCGGUCUCAGCAUAUGCCAAAACACGUGUAAAUCUGCUUUUGAGGAAAACGAAAACAACACAGAGCCAUCUUCAGCUGACUGCAAAAAUGGAACUGAGGUAUAUUCAGCGGACAGAACUGAACAAAGCCCAAGUGACGUUCCUUCGUGCAGCUCAACUCAAGAAAGUUCUCAAGACAGGGAAGGAAAUUGGAGUGCAAUAUCUGGGCUCACAACAGACAAUAGCACAUCAUGUGACACACAGAGAUCAGAGAGUUGGGAUGAUCUCCUAAUGAGCUCUUCUUUAAUGGAGAAGAUAUCUCUCGUAGAAGAAUGCACAGAUCCUAGCAAUGAAACUCUUUCACUAGAAGUUUUGAAUCUGGAGACAAUUUGCCCAACUGAUGAUAACCCACUGGUAAUGGAUAACCAUGAUGCAGAAUCGUGUUCUUCUUACAUGACUGCUGUAAGCUCUCCAGAUUCUCUAGAGACUGGAGAGGGAAAUGAGAUGAAGGAUCAAACCUGGUCUGUUGAAUGUGACAAGCCAACAGAGGCACUGCACCUCAGUCAUUCCCAAAGCCAGAUCAGCCAGACAUCCAAGGAGAGGGACACUAAUGUAAUGAGGCUUUUGGAACAUUGUGUCACUCAGGUUGCUUCCCUAAAGAUCAAUCAUGACUCCGCAAGUAAGCACUUGGAAGAUGAUGGUGUUGGAAAUGAUGUGAACAGUGAUACAGACGCAAUAGUUCAAUUCACAAACCAAAUACGUAAUGAAUGUAGUUGUAUAACCCCAAGCCCAAAAGGUCCUCCCAGCCCUCCUUCAAGCCACUGUAACAUUGAGUCAAAUACUGGCAGUAGUGUUACGUCUCUCGCGGAUCAAAAGGAAGGUCUCAUUUGUUUUGAAGAUCAGAAAAACACAAGUAUGCUAAACUGUAUGGGCCCAGUUGCAAAAAACAAACUACCCUUUGAAUAUGCCCAGUUGAAUAAUCAAGCCCUGUCCUAUAUCAAAGAUUUCAGAUUUGAACUCAGUGCUCAAAAUUCUACCACUAUGGCACACAUUUGCAGGCCUACAUUUUUGCCACUCUUUGGUUCCAUCUGCUCAGACACAACUAGUGGCUUUUCACAGCCUUUCUGCAGAAGGAGCGCUUUGCCGCAGAAACAUUCACAAGACCAAGAAGUUACACAGAGCAGCACACCGUUACGUGGUUAUUCAACGUUCCAGUGUAAAGUACUGCCAAAGGUGUCCACUCUUCCACUUUUAGAGGAUGCUACCAAAGAGAGAGCAGUUAUGGAGAAGACCCAUGAUGACUUGCUGUCAUAAGGAGUGAUGCUAAAGAUCCACGCUCUGCAAAUGCCAAUUUCUCACCUGUAUCAGAACGAGGUAAGAGACUGGUGUCAUCGGAGACAGAAACCCCAUGAGGACACUGCUGAGGAUGCACCUCCUAAUCUCUUGCCAGAAGAAUGUGGAUUUUUACAAACUUAAUAUCAUAAGCUCUUGACACCUUGCCACUUGGUCCCUUGAAUGGAUGUGUGCAACGUAUAAUGACACGCUUGCCCACAGAUUCAGUCUUUUUGAGUUGGAUGAAAAUUGUUUUAUUUUAGAA